UAGGUUUGGCCCAUGGUUGGUUGGGGAAGAGAGUCAGCCAGGCGUGGCUGAGGGAGUAGCCUCUUAAAGGACCCAAGGAUUGGGUGAGAAAAGGUGGUACAGCUGUCUGGGAUCUGCCCCCAAGGUGAAGUAAAGGAACUGAGAACACGUCUUGCUGCAGUUCUCCUUUAGGCAGAGCAGGGACUUUUUCAAAGGAGCUGGAUUUCCAUUGUGGGUUAUACUUUCUUGGCAUCCGCUGUUUGGAGACCACUGGCCAGAGCCAUCAAAUUGAGAAUUACUGCAAUUGAGCAUCAUUAGCACUACCUUUUCCUCAAGGAUGGCAGACAAGAGAAGGAGGGUGACCAGGGAAUAGACGAGCUGAACUCCAGAAGGGAAUCUCCCAUUGGAUACAAGGAAAAACCGUUCCCAAUCCCCAUAUUGUGAGUUUUCCAGCUCAGGUCAUUUGAUUCCCAAGGCUGUGCUCAAGAGAACCUCUCUGUGAAGAAGGCUGCCUCACAAUGGCUCGGAAGAUGAGCAUGAAUGAGCUGGAGGACCAGCUGCUGUGUCCCAUCUGCUUGGAAAUCUUCAAGGAGCCGCUGAUGCUUCAGUGCGGGCACUCCUAUUGCAAGUCUUGUGUGGUGUCCCUUUCUGGAGACCUGGAGAAGCAGUUCCUGUGCCCUGUGUGCCGGAAAGCUGUGGAUUGCAGCAGUUCUCCACCCAAUGUGAACUUGGCCCGCAUCAUCGAGGCCCUGCACACCGUGAGCAACUCAGAUCCCAAUGAGGAAUCCUGCCCAGACCAUCAUAAUCCCCUCAGUCUCUUCUGUGAGCGAGACCGGGAGGUGAUCUGUGGGCUGUGUGGAACCAUUGGCACCCACCAGCACCACAAAGUCAUGCCCAUCUCCACUGUUUAUAGCCGGAUGAAGGAGGAGCUCUCUGUGUUGAUAACUGAAGUGCAGCAGCAAAAAAGGAGCCUUGAUGAACAUGUCAGCAAGUUGAUGAACAACAAAACUCGCAUUGCGAAUGAGUCAGAUGUCUUCAAACGUGUGAUCUGGAAGCAGUUCCAGGAGCUGCACAAGUACAUUGAGGAAGAGAAGGCCAGCUUCUUGGAGCAGAUUGAGAGAAAGGCAGCCCACCUCAUUGCCUCCAUUGAGGUCCAGGUGAAGCAGAUGGAAGACCACCUGCAGAAGCUGAAGGAGCUGGAGAGAUCCUUGGAGAAACUCAACAAUGAAAGCCAUCUGGAUUUCAUCAGGAAAUACGGAUCUCUACCCUCAAGGUCCGAGCUCCCUCGCCAGCACCCAGCCGACGUCACGUUCAACGCAGUCGCUUUUAAUCCUGGUUUCCACCAAGAUGACAUCAAGAUGACUGUGUGGAAGCACCUGCUACGCAAAGUUCUACCAGCACCAGAAAUGCUGAAACUUGACCCGAUUACCGCUCACCCCAUGCUGGAGCUGUCCAAGGGGAACACGGUGGUGCAAUGUGGCAAUCUGCUCUACCAGCGGCGAGACAGCACCUCCGACCGCUUCGACUACAGCAACUGCAUCCUGGUCAACAAAGGGUUUUCGUGGGGAAAGCACUACUGGGAGAUCAUCGUGGGCACCAAGAGCCACUGGCGCCUGGGCAUCGUCAAGGGCUCAGUCAGCCGCAAAGGCAAGCUGAACAAAAGCCCGGAGCAUGGAGUGUGGCUCAUUGGCUUGAAGGAAGGCAAAGUCUACGAGGCCUUCAGCAGCCCCCGAGUGGUGUUACCACUUACAGGUCGCCCCCAGCGCAUCGGGGUGUACCUGCACUAUGAGAAGGGCGAGCUGACCUUCUAUAAUGCCGACAGCCCUGAUGAGCUAGUGGCCCUCUACACUUUCCAUGCGGAGUUCCAGGGCAAGCUGUACCCUAUCCUGGACUUAUGCUGGCAUGAUCGAGGAACCAACACUGUGCCCAUUAUAUUACCUACUCCUGCCGUGCCACAGGAUUCGUGGGCCCAAGACAGUGGCUUUGAAUCCCAAGAGCCCACUAAGCUAUAGAGCUCAUAGCUGGGACAUUUUUACCUGUUGCCGAGACAGGCAUGCCCCAAGUGUGGGGCAGCUUUGUGUUGCUAUUGGUGCGACACCCAUCUCUGGCUUCUUGUUGCAUAGCUAGCUCAAUUUAACAGCUUCUCGCUGAGAUGGAACAUUUGUUAUGCACUGAGGAGGGGUGGAUGAUAAUUCACAAACACAGCUUGAGUUAAAGACGCCUGUUAGAGAAUGCAUGGCUGCCUUUGCUUUUAGCAAUGAAAGUAGCAGGGUUUUGUCAUUUAGGAAGCUAAAUCAAGCUUUACUAGAGCAAGCAUCAGGGCUGGGAAGAUUUAAUUUCAUAUAAAGGUUUCAUAUGCGCUGCCACGACACUUUUGUGCAUUGGACUACCUUGUUAUUUGUAUAGCUCUGUAUGCUUUUGUUGAUAUUUUAUACCUGUUUUGAACACUGGAAAUACCCUUACACGAAGUCAGACUGUUAGUCCACUACCCUUAGGGUCAACUUCACACAACCUUCAGACUUGGACUUUUACCUUUUGAUUUCCAAAGGCUUUUGGGAAAUUGGCGGCUGAAUAGGGCUGUUUCUGUCUUUAUACUUUGGUAAUUGUAUCGUUUUGGUUGUUAAUUUCAUGCUUCUCAAUGUUGUAUCUUAAAAUAGUUUGUAUUGUAAGCGGCCUUGAAGACCCUGGAAGGGAGUCUAAGGAUGUGAAAUAAAGUUUAGCAUUUCAGAGAAA